AGAGCAUGUCAAGUUUGCACACCCAAUGCCACCAACACAGUAUGGUCUCAUUGUCAAUGCGUUUUAGCCGAUGGUGUUGAACGUGGUAUUUUAACUGCCAAUCGUAUGAUACCCGGUCCCAGUAUACAAGUGUGUGAAAAUGAUAAAGUUGUCAUCGAUGUUGAGAAUCAUAUGGAGGGUAUGGAAGUUACCAUUCAUUGGCACGGUAUCUGGCAACGUGGCUCUCAGUAUUAUGAUGGUGUACCGUUUGUAACACAAUGUCCCAUUCAACAGGGUAAUACAUUCCGUUAUCAAUGGACCGGUAAUGCUGGUACUCAUUUCUGGCACGCGCACACAGGUUUACAAAAAUUAGACGGUCUCUAUGGCAGUAUUGUCGUAAGACAACCACCAUCACGUGAUCCCAACUCUCAUCUCUAUGACUUUGAUUUAACCACUCACAUUAUGUUGAUCAGUGAUUGGUUACAUGAAGAUGCUGCUGAACGUUAUCCCGGUCGUUUAGCUGUCAAUACCGGUCAAGAUCCCGAAUCAUUAUUGAUCAACGGUAAAGGUCAAUUCCGCGAUCCUAAUACAGGUUUCAUGACAAAUACCCCCUUGGAAAUAUUUACUAUUACACCUGGUCGUCGUUAUCGUUUCCGUAUGAUCAAUGCUUUCGCUUCGGUGUGUCCAGCACAAGUAACAAUUGAAGGUCAUGGUUUGACAGUUAUUGCUACAGAUGGUGAAGCAGUACAUCCGGUUGACGUGAAUACGAUUAUAUCGUUCUCUGGUGAACGUUAUGAUUUUAUUAUAACAGCCGAUCAACCAGUUGGUGCUUAUUGGAUACAAUUGAGAGGUUUAGGUGAAUGUGGUAUCAGACGUGCACAACAAUUGGCCAUAUUGCGUUAUGCUCGCGGACCCUAUCAACCAGCAUCAGCGCCACCAACUUAUGAUGUUGGCAUACCACAGGGUGUGGUUAUGAAUCCUUUGGAUGCCCAAUGUAAUACCCAACGUAAUGAUGCCAUUUGUGUGAGUCAAUUGAAAAAUGCUUUGGAAAUUGAUCGUGGCAUUUUGGCGGAAAAACCCGAUGUAAAAAUCUUCUUGCCCUUCCGUUUCUAUUUGUACAGACCCGAAGAAUUGUUCCAGCCCAACACCUAUAACAGAUUUUUAGUUGCUCCUACUGGUGAUCAUGUUAUUUCAUUGAUCGAUGAAAUUUCUUAUCUAUCGGCACCUGCACCCUUAACUUCUCAAUUCAAUGAUAUUAAUCCUGAACAGUUUUGUAACGGUGAUAAUAGACCAGCUGAUUGUGGUCCUAAUUGUAUGUGUACUCAUAAAAUUGAUAUUCCCUUGAAUGCUGUUGUUGAAGUUGUUCUCGUUGAUGAAGUCCAACAACCCAACUUAUCACAUCCCUUCCAUUUGCACGGUUACGGUUUCAGUGUAGUGGGUAUUGGUCGUUCGCCCGAUACCAACGUCAAAAAGAUUAACUUAAAACAUGCCUUGGAUUUGGAUAGACGUGGUCUCUUGCACAGACAAUACAAUUUACCACCCACCAAAGAUACCAUUGCGGUGCCAAACAAUGGUUAUGUGGUAUUAAGAUUUAGAGCUGAUAAUCCUGGUUUCUGGCUAUUCCAUUGUCAUUUCUUGUUCCAUAUUGUUAUUGGUAUGAAUUUAAUUUUGCAAGUGGGUACAAAUGCCGAUUUGCCACCAAUACCACCAGGUUUCCCAACAUGUGGUGAUCACACGCCUCCUAUACCUAUUAAUGUACUCAAUCCUCUAGAUGCCAUUUGUGAUCGAAAACGUACAGAUGCUAUAUGUGUAUCGAAUUUGAAAAAUGCUAAAGCUGUGGAUAAAAGUGUUUUAGUGGAAAGACCCGAUGUGAAAAUCUUCUUACCAUUCCGUUUCUAUGUCUAUGAACCGAAAAAUCUAUUUAUACCCAAUACAUAUAAUAAAUAUUUGGUGGCUCCUAGUGGUGAUCACUUGACAUCGUUAAUAGAUGAAAUUUCCUAUGUAGCACCACCAUCACCGAUGCUCUCGCAAAUACAUGACAUACCGCCAGAGCUAUUCUGUAAUGGUGAUAAUCGUCCACCGAAUUGUGGACCCAAUUGUGAAUGUGUCCACAAAGUUGAUAUACCAUUAGGAGCGGUUGUGGAAGUGGUGUUAGUCGAUGAGGUGCAACAGACAAACCUCAGUCAUCCAUUUCAUUUACAUGGUACGGCAUUCUAUUUGGUUGGUUUGGGUCGUUCUCCCGACAAGUCUAUCAAGAAAAUCAAUUUGAAACACACUUUGGAAUUGGAUCGCAUGGGCAUGAUUGAACGUGAUUUUAGCCAACCGCCUCUGAAGGAUACCAUCGCUGUACCCAAUAAUGGUUAUGCUGUUAUGAGAUUUCGUGCUGAUAAUCCUGGCUACUGGAUGUUUCAUUGUCAUUUUCUGUUUCACAUUGUUAUAGGCAUGAAUCUGGUCUUUCAUAUCGGUACUCAUGCAGAUUUACCGCCCGUACCCGAUGCAUUUCCUACUUGUGGCGAUCAUAGACCUCCUGUGUCUUUAUUUAUAAAACAAAUCGUAAUUAAUCUCCGUAAAAUUCUCCCACCCCAUACAGUUGCCUCCGAUGCUGAUCACUUGACAUCGUUAAUAGAUGAAGUAUCGUAUAUAUCACCACCCUCACCGGUACUCUCACAAUACGAUGACAUCCCAAAGAGUUACUUUUGUAACGGUGAUAAUCGUCCCGCCGACUGUGGCGAAAAUUGUGAAUGUGUCCAUAAAAUAGAUAUACCACUCGAUGCUGUCGUCGAAGUAGUACUUAUCGAUGAGGUUCAGCAAAUCAACAUUAGUCAUCCGUUUCAUUUGCAUGGCAUGCCGUUCUAUGUCAUCGGUAUUGGUCGUUCACCCGAUGAGGAAACACAACGUAUGAGUUUGAAACUGGCACUUGAUCUAGAUAGACGUGGUAUAUUAAAUCGAAAAUUUCUUAUGCCCUCGCUAAGAGAUACGGUAGCGGUGCCGAAUAAUGGUUAUACAGUUAUAAGAUUUCGUGCCGAUAAUCCGGGCGUUUGGAUGUUUCAUUGUCAUUUUCAAUAUCACAUUGUUAUCGGUAUGAAUUUACUAUUUCAAGUGGGCACGAAAAAGGAUUGGCCACCAGUACCAGCUAAUUUUCCCAAAUGUGGUAAUUUUGUACCGCCCAUAACGUUACAUUAAGGAUGGUGGGUGUUGAUUUUUAAAUGUAUUAAAUACCGGGUAAUUAGAGUGUUUCCCGUAAUUGAUGAUAUUAAGUAAAUAUUGUUAAAAGUAAAUAUUUUUGAAAGAUUUAAUAAAUUAAUAAUUUGUUGUGUUUUUGUUUUAAUUUUUAUUAAAUGUUUUAUAAC